UUGUCUCAGAUAGCGAAAGCAAGAGCAGAAGCACUGCGCAGGGAAAAAGAGGAGAAAGCAGCUCAACUCAGAGAAGAACAAUGCAGAGAACGAGCAGAGCGACUCCGAAAAGAGCGAGAGGAAAAACAGUUAAGAGCGAAACGAAGGCGCAAUGAGAGGGAGAUGCAAGAAAAACAAAAAGCCGAGGCUCUUAAAAAGAAGGAAGAGCUGGAGGAACGUAAACGUGAAGAAUUUUUGCUACACAAAAGUCCUGCACGAAGUAAUGCCAUAUCACGUGUUUGUAGUCCAUCAAGGGUGCCAAAAAUGAUUGGAAACAAUCAGCCGCGAUCGGCUAAGUCUAUUGUUUUUAAAUUUUGUUUCGCAGUGGCCGUCGAGACAAGAGGUGAUAGAAUCACCAUACUCGAGGGAGAGAUGCGGCGUGAAGAGGAGGAGCGAAGGCGUCUGAAACUAGCUCGAGAAGAACGUCAUUACCUUGAAGUAGUCAAGAUGGAAGUCGAAGAAUGUGACAGCUUGAAGCAGGAGUUGCAACGAGAAUGUGAACAGGAAGAGAGCAGCCGUCUUCAGCAAGAGAAGGAAAAGCAAGAAAGAUUGGAUAGAGAAGAAGAGCAAAAAAGAUUGGCUGAAGAAGAAGAGCAAAGAAGAUUAGUUGAGGAAGAAGAUCGUUUAAUGCAGGAGCAGGAAGAAAAGUGGCUGCAAGAAGAGAGGAGUCGUAAAAGGGAAGAGGAGGACGAAAGAAGAAGACUCAGUAAAGACGAGAGAAGACAGCGAAGAGAACGCGAGGAGGCUCUCAUACGGGAACGUUUAGAAACGGAGAAGAGAAGGGAAGAAGAAGAAAAACAACGAUUGGAGGAUGAGUACAGGCAACAACUUGAGGAGAAGAGGUUGCGAGAAGAAGCAGAGGCGAAGAUGAGGGAGCUGCGUCGUAUUGAAGAGGAAGAGGCUAAAGCUCGGCUUAAC